AUGGCCGAGUACAAGUACGACGAGGAGGGAGGCCAGUUCCUCACCUUUGUCCUCACCUUCCUCCUGCUCGUCCUCGUGCCCCUCACAUACUCGCUCCUAGCUCCCUCGCGCUCCCACCGCUCCGCCAAGGGCUCGUGGGAUGCGCGCGGCCAGAAGAUCGACCUCAUCCGUUCCUCCAAGAAACGCUCGCUGCUCAACCCGCAGAUCAGCCCGCGCGCCGUGUUCGUGUUCGCAGGCUGGGGCGUCGUCGCCUACCUCUUCCAGACCAUCCUCAAUACCGCCACCAACUCAUCCCAUGCCGUGUACGACCCCUUCAACAUCCUCGGCAUCGCCGCCUCCGCCACCGAAAAGGAGAUCAAGAAGCACUACAAGCGCCUCUCGGUCAAGUUCCACCCAGACAAGCUCGUCCUCGCCGACAACCAGACCAAGGAAGAGGCAGAGUCGCACUACAUCGAACUCACAAAGGCCUACAAGGCGCUCACCGACGAGACCAUCCGCAAAAACUUUGAGCUCUACGGCCAUCCGGACGGCAAGCAGGAGAUGUCGAUGGGCAUCGCGCUGCCGCGCUGGGUGAUCGAGUCGCAGAACAACGUCUACGUGCUCGGCAUCUACGCCAUCCUCUUUGGCAUCGUUCUGCCUUUCCUCGUGGCGCGCUGGUGGUACGGCUCGCGCUCCAAGACCAAGGACGGCAUCGUCAAUUCGACCGCGCAGACCUACUUCCAGCACCUGCGCGACGACACGGACGCCUCGCGCGUAUUCGCCCUGCUCGCCAUCUCGGACGAAUUCAGCGAUGCCAAGCUCGACAAGCUCGGCGCCAGCCACCGCGACGAGGCGACGCUCGCCAAGCUCGAGGCCGAGGCGCGCAGGCGUUUGGACGCGUACGGACCGCAGUGGCAUCUGAUCGACUCGUUCAAGAACGCCUCGAUCCGCAAGGCGCUCGUGCUGCUCUACGCGCAUACGCUGCGCAUCGAUAGCGGCGACAAGCGCAUCGAGCAGGAGAAGCUGCGCUACGCAGCCAAGGCGGUGCAGCUGCUCAACGGACUCAUGGCCAUCAGCCUCGCGCACAACUGGCUCGAGACGACGCUGUUGCUCAUGCAGAUCACGCAGUGCAUGGUUCAGGCGGUGCCGCUGCAGGACCCGUCGGCGGCCGAACUGCUCCAGCUGCCGCACAUGACGCCCGAGCUCGUCGCCAAGCUGCACCAGUCCAACUCGCUCGCCAAGCUCGGCGUGCAGGGCUUCUGGAAGAUCCCGGAUGCAGAGCGCAAGGCGGUGCUCACGGGCGCUGGCGUAUCGGCACAGCAGUACGACCAGAUGGUGGCGGUGACGAGUGCGUGGCCGCGCAUCGAGCUCGUCGAUGCCUUCUUCAAGGUGUCGGGCGAACGGCUGGUGACGACGGGCGCGAUCGUGCAGUUUGUCGUCAAGCUGCGUCUGCUGCCUCCCAAGAAGGACGGCAGUCUGCUGCGCGACGGCCGCCGCUUGGAUGCCAAGAGGAUGGACGACGACAGCAGCGUUCGUCCCGACGACGAAGAAGCUUCGGACAAGAAGACGUCGACGGGCGGCGAGGACGAUGGAAAGCAGCCCAUCGGAUUCGCACGUGCGCCGUACUUCUGGGACGAGCGCAAGCCGUCUUGGUGGGUCAUGAUCGGCGACCAGAAGCUCGACCGCGUGAUUGUACAGCCUACCAAGGUGAGCGACGUGGGUGCCGACCAGGUGCGCACGUAUUCGGUCCAGUUCCAGGCACCGCCCCAGGCAGGGCUUUAUACGUUCCAGGCGAUUCUGAAGAGCGAUUCGUUCCUCGGAUCGGAUGCAUCGCGCAUGGUCAAGCUGCGCGUCGAGGAUGCGAGCGUGCUCGAGGCUGACGACCACGAGGAUGACAUCAGCGAGCCCGAGGAAGACAGUCUCGCCGGCCAGAUGGCACUCAUGAAGGGCCAGAAGGUCAAGCCCAGCACCCGAGCGGAUGAAGAGUCGGACGACGAAAGCGCCACCGACGACGACGUUCAGGAUGACGACGACGACGACGACUCGGAUUCCGACUCGGAUUCCGACUGA